UAGGUUGUGUGUGUGCGCGUGUGUGUGAGAAACAAAGUAUAAAGGUGGGACUGAGGGAAGCUGCUCUAACAGUCAACCCAGCCAGAAGCUUAUUGUUCAUCCGGAUUCAUUAAAUUGAAUAAAAUGGGAUUGUUUGGGUCCACACCAUCUCCUCCUCCUUCUCCUCCUCCAUCUCUAGAAUUUGAGAAGCCAUGGAGGACGAUGCCUUGGGGGAGAAAAGCUACUCUGGAAGACAAUCUGAGGAGCUUUAGUCUCAGCACUACUCAUGUUAGGUUUGUCAGGAUUCUGCUUGUUGGUGAAGUUGGAGCAGGAAAGUCCAGCUUUAUAAAUUCGAUCAAUAAUGCUUUCCAAAAGCGAAUCACCUCUGGGGCUCUUGCUGGAGUUGCUUCAACCAGUUUUACCAAAGUAUACAAAACCCAUUAUAUCAAAGGGAAGGACGGCUUAAAUUUACCUUUUGUCUUCAAUGAUAUAAUGGGACUUGAACGUGAAGACAGCCAUGGUGUACACAUACAGGACCUUCUCAAAGCCAUAAAUGGGCUCCUCAAGGAAGGAUACAAAUUUAAUCCUGUUAUGCCUGUGUCUGGGAAUGACUGCAAAAGCAAUCCCAGCACUGGUGAUCAAGCAUUCUGUGUGGUCAACAUUCUACCAGCAGACAAAGUGUCACUCAUGGACGAAAAAAUUGUUCAAAAGUUGAAAAUGAUCCGUGAGGAGGCUUCAAAUCAUAAUUUGCCUCAAGUAGUCAUCAUGACAAAAGUGGAUGAAGUCUGCCCACUGGUUAAAGAAAACCUAAGAAAGGUCUACACCAGCAAGAAGAUCAAAGAAAAGAUGCAAAAUUGUAGUCAUCUACUGGGUAUUCCAGUGAACCACAUCUUCCCUGUUAAGAACUACCACGAGGAGGUGGACACACAUGAUGACAUGGAUGUUCUGAUCCUUAAAGCGCUUGAACAGAUUGUGAAUCUUGCCAAUGAUGCUCUGGAAAGCCAAAAUUGUGAUGAAACUGGGUGAAGGCUUUUAUUUAUCUCUUAUCCUCGUUCAGAGUGUGAGGAUAAAAAAAGGCAAAAAGGCAGAUUUUUACUUCUGCAAAAAAAUCUGUUGCAUGAAACACAUGAGUUUUUACUGAUUUAUAAUGUUUAUUUUUGACCCUGUGUUGAUUUCAGAAAACCCAAACUAAAUUAAAACUUGUUCAACAAAUUUUUUUUUCAAUUAAAGAUAGAUGUUGUACAAUCAUUCUGCCACAGAAAAAGAACAGUUAAAAAAAUAAAAUAAAAUCAUCACUGGAAACCCAAUAUUGCCAUGACACUCGUGUCAUGAUGAAAUUCAUGUCCGUGCAUGCAAACCUCUGACCACAACUGUAUUUAUACAGCUGAACACAAUUAAACACAAUAUCAUGAUAAUUGAUUUACAAUUUUUGCAAAGAAGAAUGAGCAGCUGGAAAUGCUCAGGAGGAGAUAUGAUGUUACCAAGCAGACCAAUGUUGCAGUCUGCGUCACCAUGAUGUGCAGUUACGUUUCUGGAGAGUUGCAUGUCAGGCUAUAAUGUAGGGUAUGGGGCUAUGCCAUACCCUACACUGUAGAUUUGAUGCAGAAGUAUAAACUGGCCUUAAGAUAACAUGAAACUGUUUGUAAAGUAUGCUAAAGCUCACAACAUCCUGGACAAGAUGAACAGACCAACAACUACUGGAACAUUAAGAAAAACACUGUCAUGGAUAGCAUGUAAUGUUGAUAUUGCUAUUAAAGUAAAAGUAAUUUCUUCAUUUACUCAUAA